GCGGCUUGGAUACAUGUGAUUUGUUUAUUUCCUUUAGCAAUUAGCGUCAUAGUGCCGUAGUGUUAUUCGUCAUUCAUCGGUUCUAAUUUUGGCGUGAUUCGCAGAACGUCUCCCGCACACAGGCACAUCGUAUUCGGUGGCAAAUAAAGCACAAUGACAGCCAACUACUGGGAAUCAUCGCAAUUCCAGCGGUUUAUGCUGACGCGCUCGGAAUUGGCGGAUGCGGAGCGACUGCACUCUAUGCGGCUGACUCGGCACGAGACUGUGUUUCUAAAGAUAUACUUUGCGGGAGUGAUUCAGAAGCUUGGCAAACGGCUGCGCAUCCGGCAAGAGAUUAUCGCCACCGCUUUGGUUUACUUCAAGCGCUUCUAUUUAAACAAUACUUUUUACGACAUCGAUCCGUACCUGAUGGCCGCUACGAGCGCAUAUCUCGCAUGCAAGGUUGAGGAGAACCCGCAUCACAUAAAGUACAUUUGCAACGAAACCAAGGCGGCGCUUGCAGAUGUUUCGCCCGCCAUAAAGUUCCCCUACGACGUGGCUGACAUUGCCGAGUGCGAGAGCUACUUGCUGGAAGAGAUGAAGUUUUACCUCGUUGUCUACCACCCGUACCAGGUGCUGAUAGACAUAAACGAGCAGGCCAAGCUUCCUAAGCCAUCGUUGCAAGCAGCAUGGUAGGUCCUGUAGGGCAUUGUGCAGUUAGCUCCCAAUAGUAGCUGGCUGGUGUUGGAAACUAUUAACCAAAUGUUUGUGUUGCCUCUAGCAAAGAGAAAAGCGAAACAAAUAGCGCUGCUGCUGAAUGCCACCACUCCUAUUUUAUGCUAGGUCGAUUAUCAACGACAGCUUCCGG